GUGUUCUCCAGCGUGAAAUUUAUUGUGGCUUAUAGUGUCAGUUAAAAAGUGGACUUAUCGGUACCAAACAACUUUGGUUUUGGAGGUCAAUGGAAUGAUACCGAAUGAUGCAAGUUCAAUCCGCCGGUUAGCUUGACCACAUCGUUAGAUGACAAGGAAACAUAGGAGUGCGAGUUAUUCCGUUUCCGUGAGAUGGAAAAGUUAGUUCUGGUGUGUUUAUGACAAACAAGAUGUUGGGUUUCACGCGGUCGUCUUCGCAACGGGUGUUUCUGCUGGCGUAUGCACUGCAGAGUUGGUCCUUCGGUGCGGUGUGGCUGUGGUGGCUGUGGGCGGGGCUGACGGCCGCCGCCGUGGUCCACGCGUUGUGCACGUACGACCACGACUACUGGUCCGACCACGGCGUGUUCUCCCCGCCGGCGUGGCCGCUGGUCGGUCACAUCCUGUCGGUCGUCACGUUCCAGGAGCAAGGAGGAAUGUGCUUCAAGAGGAUCUAUGAUACGUAUAAGGAUGUUAAGUUUUUAGGCACCCACCAGUUCUUCCAGCGCACGCUCGUCAUCCGUGACCCCUCCCUCAUCAAGCGGAUCUGCGUGACAGACUUCCAGCACUUCGUGGACCGCGGGUUCUACUUCAACAAGCAGGUGGACCCGCUCGCCGGAUCGGUGCUGUUCCUGCGCGGGCGCGAGUGGAGGACGCUGCGGGCCAAGAUCUCGCCUAUAUUCUCACCAAACAAACUACGUGGAAUGCUGCCCCUAAUCGAGAAUACUGCGAAUGAAUUCGCAGAAAAAGUGAAAGCACUUUUGAACAAAACCGAAGAUAUCAACAAUAACAACCACAAGUCUGCAGAAGCAACCAAAGUCGGUAAAGAUGAUGCGAAACUAGAUGAAGAUGUAAAUUCUGCAAUAGUGGAUUCUGAAAAGUUGGUAGGAGGAUAUACAGCAGAUGCCAUUGUUCCGUGUGCUUUUGGACUCAAAAGUAACGUUAUGGAAAAUGACAAAGAUCCUUUUGCAGUCGCUCUGCAAGCAUUCUAUGAGAUGUCGGUCUAUAAUGUCUUCGAAAAGACGAUGCGUCAGUUCUGGCCGGCGUUCGUCCUGUUCUUCCGGAUGCGCAUCAUCCCGCGCCGGACCCACGACUUCUUCUACAAUAUCGUGACAUCCGUGCUGAAGGCACGGGAGACUGGCGCGCAGGAGAAGCGAGGAGACUUCAUCGACAUGAUGAUGGCUCUGCGCAGCGACGACGCCGACAACGCACGCGGCAGCGAUGAUGAUGACGAUGUUGAGAUCACGGACAUGGUGAUCUCGGCGAACGCGUUCAUAAUCUUCCUGGGCGGGUUCGAGACCACCUCCUCCACGCUCGCCUUCCUGCUGCUCGAGCUGGCUGCGCAUCCGCAUGUGCAGGACAAAAUGCGGGAGGAAAUUUUGAAGAUGCUCGACAAACACGACGGAAAAGUCUCCUAUGAAAUGCUUCAAGAACUGACUUACAUGGAAAUGGUCAUACAAGAGACGCUCCGGCUGUACCCCCCGUUCCCCAGCAUCCAGCGCGUGUGCACGCGCGCGUACGUCGUGCCCGCCACGCGCGUGCUCGUGCGGCCGGGCACCGUCGCGCUGUUCCCCACGCUGGCUAUACAGAGGGACGGACAGUACUUCGACAGCCCGGACUCAUUCAUCCCGGAGCGCUGGGGCCAGGGCCGUCCCGCGCCCCCCGCCGGCGUCUACAUGCCCUUCGGAGACGGGCCCCGCUACUGCAUAGGCAAGCGGUUCGCCAUGAUCCAGAUGAAGACGUGCCUGACGCGCCUACUGCCGCUGGUGCGGGUGUCCCCCGCGCCCCGCGCCCCGCCCCGCGCGCGCCCCUUCCCCGCCGACCCGCGCUCGCCCCUCACCCUGCACCCCGCUGAUUCUACCGUCACUAUUAGCUUACUGUGAUAGGUGUGUCCACCAACCCGCGCUAGGCCAGCGUGGUGGACUAGGCCUAGAUCCUUCCGUCAUUGGAACGAGACCCGUGCCCCAGCAGUGGGGAGUGAUGGGAUGUGAUGUGAUUGGUCUGUAACGUCAGCAGAAUAGAUUAGUUUUCUAUUCACCACUUGUUAAUAUAUUGAUUUUAAAAUAUCUACUGACGAAUGAUAGAUGAUUAAAAUCACUAGUUUAAUGUUGCU